ACGUUCCAAGGCCGGAGGCUUGCUGUAGUGGCAGUGCUCUGUCAGUUAAAAAAAAACGUAUAUUUGACCUGGCUGUGAUACCCCACCAGUCAUUGAACCUCACACCCACCCUGUCAGGCCUGGGUGAGACAGAUCGGGGGACAGACAGACAGACAGCUAACCGUCGGCAUCGGUUUUCCCUCUCAAUUCAGAUAUUGAAAUGUAGGCCUACAGUUUUUUUAGCAGUUAGCUCUACCUGCCAUGGAGAAUAUCUGGAUGACUUGAGUAGAAUUGAUAAGAGAUAUGGCAAAGCAGCAGACAUACUGUAUCAAGGCUUCUUAAUAAGAGAGACAAUGUUGGAGACUGAGGAAUGCACCAAGGGGUGUUUCCCCCCCCAUUCUACCAGUGAGCACUUCACUAUUGAUGAUGUUGACGUUCUCAACGCCCCCAACCCACCACUUCCCUUCUCGCACCCAUUUCACCCAGAGCCUUGGAUGGGAUGUGAGCCAAAUAGAAACAUGGAGAUUGAUAACACCUCUGGUCCUGUCAUCGUGGGAGAGGGCUCUCUGUUGGAGCCAUUUUCAUUGACAGUACCUGUCAGGUCUUCACCUUAUGAGUGUACGCUCUGUCAUAAGAUGUUUGGAACAGCCAACACACUCAACAAACAUUUACUGACCCACCAACAGGAAAGACCACAUGUUUGCCCCAUCUGCCAACGAGCAUUUAAACGUCAUGAUCACCUCAAUGGCCAUAUGUUGACCCAUCAGAAACGCAAGCAGUUCCGAUGUGCUGAACCUGGGUGCCAGAAGAGCUACUGUGAUUCUCACUCCCUGAAGCGCCACUAUAUCUCUCAGCAUGGUCUCCCGCCCAUGUCCCAAAGCCCCCCGAACCCAAGCCACCCAGCCCACUCUGCUACUACCCAGUGGGAGCACGUGGAUAGUGCUGCAUAUUUGGGAGGCUCGAAAGCUCACUGUAAUUACCGUCCCAUGUUCCUGACCCAACCCAAACCGACAUCAGACACUCAACAGAAGGUCGCUGAUUACUCUGGCUUUUUCAGCUUCAACAGUUACAAGGGGUUUGCUCCUCCAAGUGGCUUACAACUGAACAACUACUCAGAGCAGAACAUCUCUCAGUCAAGGCCUAUCUUAGUCCUGGACACCUGGAUGCAGCAGUCUGACAAAGGUCCUUGUAGUGAGUGCCCAGGCGAAUUAAAUCCACCCCAGUGGGCCCCCGAGCCUAGUAACAUCACUGCUACUUUACCAUCACUACUUCCUGGAGUGGAAGGCCCAAGUCCUCAUGGCUGGGAGAGUGUAGUUGACUUCCCUGUAUCUGACCUCCAAGUUCUUGAAGAAAUGUUGUCCUGUCAUCCCUGUAGUGAGGCUGGUAACCGAGAGUGUUUAGUGAAGACAGCGUCCCCGGAGAAGAGCUACUCUCCAUCUAAGCAGGAGCAGUCGAUUUAUGGCCAGAUGAACUCGGAUGGGAAACCCCAAGUUAACACUCAGCUGCAAUCUUUUGAACCAACAGCAAGCUCAGAUUCCAGUGUAACAUCUAUGUCGUUUCCCAACACUGUUUUCAUCCACUCAAGCUCAGGUCUUCCAAACAAGCCCAACCCAGUCCCACCUAUCCCGCCGCCACCAGCCAUCGUCCUACCCUGCCUCUACAGUGUGCAGAAGUCAGAGACUUGUAAUACAAAGAGCGACAGUAAGAGAAAGAGAGAGAGGAGGAAGAAGGGGAGGACUGUAGAGCUUCCUGCUCCACCUCUCCCCACACCUCGCCCCACCUCUCUCCUGGCUCCCCGACGUCCCCGCCCUCGGCCACACUACCUCGUCUCCCCAAGCCAGGUGGCUAUGGCCUCUUUUAGCUCAGACAGCAACCCUCGGCAGACCUUCCAGGGAAGAAAUGUCAGUGUGCCAGGAGAGGGACAACAGUGUAGUGACGGGAUAUUCCCUAGCUCUCACAAGACAGAACAGAGCUACAAGGCCAGGUCCUCAAGUAGACCAUGUGCACCCUCUAUUAAAAUGGAACCUUACUCUCCAGAGCCUGGAGAGAGAGCACCACAGACUCCGAGGUCUCCAUCUAGAACAGAAGACAUGCCUCUGUCUCCUUUGGUCAUCCCUGUUUCAGUUCCAGUCUCUGCGAAGACUGAUCCUGACACUCCUUCAUCACUCAAUGCAGAGAACCCUCAGAAUGGUUCAGGGAGGUCAAAGAGGAGCCGGCAUCUUGACUUCAUGAAGACUCUGAUCAUUCCUCCCCCCAUGCUCCCACAGCCGUCCCCACGGAGGCUCCUAGGCGAGGAGGGUGGGGGUGCUCCCUGGUGUCGUGCAGCAGGCGGCUACCCCAGUCAGCUACGCUCCCCCAUGUACCUGGCAGACCACCUGCUCAACCCCAGCUUCCAGCCUCCUCCUUACACACCCCCACCCAUGCUGAGCCCCCUACGCCCAGGGACCGGCCUGUACUUCAGCACAGUGCCUUGGCUUCACCCCGGCCCUCCUCUGCCCAGCAGCUACACCGCCUCUUUGGAUGGAGCUGAUGGAAUCUCCUUGAUGAUGGACGACACAGUGGUCAACAUAGAGCCGAGAAUCAACGUGGGCCAACGUUUCCAGGCUGAGAUCCCACCCAUUCGUAACCUGCUUCUAAUGCUAUAUGAUGAGCACCCUGCUCAGCUUGUCUGGGCUCCAUGGGGAGACAUAUCCAGCAACGUGGAAACACAAAAAGGGGUGACUAAACUGAUAGACUUGUGCUGUUCCAGCGUGCUGCCAGGAGGGGGCACCAACACAGAGCUGGCCCUCCACUGUCUGCAUGAGGUGCAGGGAGACAUUCUGGCUGCACUUGAUUUACUGUUAGUCAGGGGAGACUUCCGUUCCUCAACACACCCUUUGUGUGACUAUCACUACCCAGGUUCAGAUGAUUGGAGUCCUCAAGAGAAGAAACUAUUUCGUAAAGCGCUGCUCACCCAUGAGAAGGACUUCCAGCUUAUUCACAGUGUGUUACAGACUAAGUCCGUGACGCAGUGUGUGGAGUACUACUAUGCAAUGAAGAAGCUCAAGAAGUUCAAGCAACGCAGUCGAGGAUCAGACAAAAAGGAAGCAGUUGGUGAAGAGCUUCAGAUGGAGUCACCUGGCUGUUGUGAGGACAACCAUGUGGGACGGAGAGUGCCCAGGAGGACACUUACUAAACCAGGGAACAGGACUAAAGGGGUACAGGAGGAGCAGACUACCACAGGAGGUGCUUUGGAGUACAUCUGUCGAGAGUGUGGGCGGGUAUUUGACAAGGUGAAGAGUCGUAGUGCUCAUAUGAAAACCCACCGGCAGCAGGAGAGGGAGUGGCUGACCAGGUAUGUCUGGCCUAUGGGCUGCCCUGCAGACAACCCUCAUCAAGGAGAUCCCGGCCAGGACUCUGCCAAGGUGCCUUUACUCUACUGUACGAGAGGAAUCCUCUAUAGUACAUAGUGGUGAGCACAGGACUGUUUCAGUUACUGGCAAGUCAAGUAUACGUCAAUCUUACACAUGACCGAAAUUCACUCACUAUGGAUUCAUAUUGGCAGGUAUUUAUUGAAAAUCACUUUAAAAUAAUGUUUACCUAAAGAAAGCAACAACAAUUGACGUUUUUUUCUCUCCAAAAAACACACCCUACUUUACUAUAAGGUUUAGAACUUUAUGUGAUGUUGCAUUCAUGUUCCUUUGUCAUUCUCUGUUGUUGGACAACACGUUCUGUUAUUGUUGGUUCACAUUGUCCUAAAGUUUCUAAACAGCAUGCUCUUUUUAAGCAACCUGAAAUCCUUGCUAAAAUAUCCUGUGGUUUUAAUUACAUUUGUAUCAAUAUGAAAGCCAAAGUUUGCCUGGUAUGCUCAAUUGAAUAAUCCAUUGUAAAAUAAUUCAGUUAUUAUAUGAGUUAUUACUCUUUGUAAACAACAACAAGACAUUGACAAUUGGUCAUAAAAAAAUGCAUAUGAAUCAGGGUUAGAUCCUGGGCAGCUGAGAACAGAGAAUGUAUUUACUGAACUGUGGCCCGCUCCUCACAAACAGUUUUGGCCUGAGUUUAACACUUCUGUAUUGGAUCUUGUGUUAUGUUCUUUAAGUAAAAAUUCUUGAUGAACAAUCCACUAGUUCAGAAAGAGUACGGGCUUUACCUGACUGGCAUGUCCUCUAUGUGAGAGUGUUGAUGAAAGUUAAACUUGUUGUCUCACUCAGGUGUUGUUUUAAAAUAAAUGUGUUUGUCUGAACAAUGUUGUUUUCAACCAUUCCUUUAAUUACAACAGUUUUUCCACAGUUAGUGUUUGAGACAUUUCUCAUUUCUAAAUCGACAUCAUGCUGCAAUUACUGUACAAGCUUUUCAUUUGAACCAGUGUUUUUACUUUAUGCAAACCAAGGAUAACAUGCAUUUCUGUUGCCAUUCAGCAAGAGUGACCGUACAUCUACAACUUCUCACACAUUUACACAUAGGCUACAUAUUUUUGAAAGCACUUUACAAUGAUGUAUGAUGUAAAUCACAACUCAAAUGUAGAUAUGUUGGCCAGACACUAUUUUACAUGUAAAUACAGACGCCACACAAGUGUGGCUUUGAGUCCAGUAGCUGAAUUAUUUGCUUUGCCUUGUCGUUGAUUUUUCAAACUCUGUAUCCAAGAUGAAUUGAAGUCAGAUAAAUCUUGGCCAUGAAUGGAUAGAUCUUUUCUCAAGAGUCCUAUGCACAACAUAGUUCUUUACUUUAUAAAAUAAGGUAUGUAGACUGAUCACAACUUCUCCCCACCCACCCAAGCCUUGCUCUCAUAGGACACUAAAGACUGAUACAGAGUCUGCUUGGCUCCAUUCCUGUCACUGCCCCUCUCUUCAUGCCCUGUAGACCCUCCCAUCAGUUUCUCCACAUAGUCACUGUUCUGGUGAAGGAAUAGAAUAUGAUCUAAAUGCUGGGGCCCCAGAAUGGCCCUGCGUUGAGCAACAGUAGUCUCUCUAGGAGCAAAGGCCCUGUCUGCAGGCACAGCAGUAGCAGGGAUAGCCAGAAAUGUGCGGGCAAGUCUGGCCACGGCAGGGAAGCGAUGCUCCUUAGAGCGCCACCAGUGGAGAGGUGACAGGCUGCGUUUGCACAGCGGCUCUGCAAUGUAGUUCUCCAGCUGUUGGUGGAUCUCAGGCAUUCGCUCAGUGGGAUCCUCUCCAAGCAGUAUGUCGUACAUGCUUUUGGGCACAUGACUCACUUGCCUAUAAGCAGGGGGCUGCAGGUCUCCUUUUAACAGGCUAGACAGUCCUGCUACUCUCCUGGGACCAUUUCCAGCACUGCAGCGUGAGCCUUCACCCAGUCCCUCUCCACUGACCUGUGACGGGGCAGUCUGGGACAGCCCCUUUAACUGUUGCUGCAGCACAAUAAUGUCCCCCUCUUCAUUUGAUUCACAGGACACAGGUGAAUCCAGAGGAGCAAUGGUUGACUGUGAGUGAUCCAAUCCCCGAUUCCUCACUUCCUUUUCCCUUCCCUCUUCGCCAUCCUCAUCCUCGCCUCCUUUGUCACAUUCUCUGCUCAUUUCCUCCACCUCUAUUUGUGCUUGAGCAGAUAAUAGUUCCUUGACCUUGUCGUGCAGCCUACUACGUGCAUGUGGGCUGAGGAAGCGCAGCUCCUUAAACCUCGGGUCCAGGAAUGAGGAGAGGACAGCAGGGCUGUCCAGUAAGGCUUCCUCUUCACCCAGUCUCCACUGUCGCUCCAUCCCUGACCGCACCGUCUCCAUUACUCCCCGAGCCACAGGGCAGCUGGUCUCUGCGAUAUGUUGCUCUAGGACACGAGAUACACCAUGCAGGCACGGCAUAAGGGCAGAGAUGGACAAAUUGAUGUCCUCGCUCAAGAAGGAGGCAGCGAUGCGCACCGUCUUAAGAACUGGCACCAGUUCCUGGAGGAGGCGCCACUGGUGGUCCGCUAAAUUUGGAGCAGCUUUCUGCUCCUCGAGAACGGAGCUCACCACCCACUUCAGCUCGAGCAGACUCUCACACAUGUCGAUAGCAGUUGCCCAGCGCCCUGGGUCAUCCAGCACUAGACAAGCUCCUGCCUUAUUCGCCGCCUCUGCCUUGUGGAUCAGAGCGGCGGCAGCAGGUGCGUCAUGCUGGAAAUGUGAGAUAAUCCUGCGGGCCUCUACAAGAGCCUGUCUGACAGGUUCCAUCCAUAGUCCGUCCUGGAUGCAGAGUUCGAGGGCUUCCCCUGCACAGUGUAACGCUACCCAGCCUUCUGGGAGAUCCUGAGGUGAUUGGUGUGGUCCAGCAGUACG